AUGCUGUAUAUCAUAAAGCAGAGAACAGUUGACAUUGAUUGUGAGGAUGUAAUAUGUUCGAAAGAAAUUGAAGCGCUGAGCAACGAGGACCCGGAAGAUUACCUUGUCACCCCAGGAACGACUCAGCUGGAAGCUCCCAUCGCCAAGGAAGAUGUCAAACCUACGCCUGCUGCAUCCACGAUGCUCACCAUGAUCAUGCCACAGACGGGCGCUGAGACGAUCCCGGAUAUGCCUUCCCCGCCGAACCAGGAUCCGAGUGGCUUUUUCACGUCCGAUUUCUACUCCGACAACCUCAUCAAAUACAUCGACGAGCGGACGCCAGAGAACAAGGAGAAGCCGUUCUUUGCAUACCUGCUAUUUCUGCUCCUCACUGGUCUUUCCAGUGUAGCCGUGAGGACCGGGGGCGCUACAAGGGCAUCUCAGGAUAGUGGACAAGACAUCACGCCCCAUGAGGUGAUCGCACCGGAGGCCAUCAAGAGAUGGCAGGAUAUGGAUGCCUACGAGCAGAAAGCCUCUGCCCGAGCCAUGGAGUGUUUUGCCGGCAUGGUGGCCAACAUGGAUCAGAACGUGGGCAAAAUUGUUCGCUACCUGAAGCAGAUUGGGGAGUUUGAAAACACUUUCAUCAUAUUCCAGUCUGAUAAUGGUGAGUCGAGCGAAUCCCCGUCGUCUUCUCUCUGA